ACUUGUAACAUUAUAUCCUAUGGUUAUAUCUAAUGUUUAUGGAUUUAGUCCUGUGCCUCAGCCGGUGUCUCCCAACACUAACGUGUUAUGAGCGGUAAAAACAUGGAGGUGACAGCUGCACGCCGCUCGUUUCUUUGUGAUAUCGGUUUCUGGGCAGACCGGACGGCCCUGCACGAGGCAGCGUUCCACGGCAGGGUGCUGCAGGUGAAACAGCUGAUAGAGAGGGGAGCCUCAGUCAACAUGGUGACCGUGGACAACAUCACUCCGCUCCACGAGUCCUGCAUGCAGGCUCAUCCAAAGUGUGCCCAGCUGCUGCUGGAGGCUGGAGCCCAGGUGGAUGUUCGGACCAUCCAUGGCAGCACCCCUCUCUGUAACGCCUGUGGCUCUGGCAGCCUGGAGUGUGCCAAGCUGCUGCUGGAGUAUGGAGCCAAAGUGAACCCGUCCCUCACAGCUCUCACUGCCUCGCCGCUCCAUGAGGCCUGCAUACGAGGUAGUGUCGACGUUGUGAGGCUGAUGAUAGCCAGCGGUGCUAAGCUGGAGGCGUAUGAUGUCCACUUUGGACCUCCACUGCACAUCACAUGUGCUAAAGGACACGUGAACUGUGUGAAGGAGCUGCUGAUUGCAGGUGCCAAAGUGAAUUCAGUGAAGUUCCAUGAGACAGCUCUGCACCAUGCAGCUCGAGCCCACAUGGUGGACAUGAUUGAGCUGUUGGUGGAGUUCGGAGCCAACGUGUAUGCUAGUGACAACCUGGGAAGAAAACCUGUGGACUACACAACACCUGCGUCUCCCUCUCACACCUGCCUGGAGUUUUAUGAAAGUAAUCCUCUGAGCCUGCAGCAGCUCUGUAGAAUCACUGUGAGGAUGACGCUUGGCACCAGAGCCUCAGAGGUCAUAGGUCAGCUGAACAUAUCCCCCCGCAUCCACAGCUACCUCCAGCACUGUGACCGUCCCCCAUCACUGCAGAGGGACACAUGAACGGAUAUAUGAGAGACUGCAUCAUGGACAACAUAUCUGCUUAUAAUUUAAAACAUAUUAGGUUAUCCAUCAUAAAUUGAUUAAUGUAAGUCAUGUCCCAUACACAGAUGUAAUAUAUGUACAUAUAUUGAAUUUUCAUAAAUGAAAUAUAUAUACAUA